UUUACUUCUCUGGGGGACUUGCUGCUAGUUUUUCUUCCUCCUGCUAGUCUCUCUGUAGGCUCUUUCAGAAGGCUCCUAGCAUCAGCUAAACUGCUAAGUCUUUAUUCUUGAUGUUUUGGAGACAUUCUUCCUUGAGAAACCUGUUUCUCUUUCUGCCAGGGCUAUUGGGGAUUCUCAGUUCUCUGGCCAGAGAAUUCGAUUCCUGUUUUAUGGAGUUCCCACCUUCUUCCCUUUUCAUUUUGAUGAAGCAGAUCCUGAAGUAGUUUCACCAGCUUAAAGAAAUGGCGCAACGGCUGACGGUGUGUUGGUGACAAUGAUCCAGUUCUUUUGUCAUCUAGUCAAACUUCUCCAGCCUGGACUGGGGCCAAGUUGUAGAGAGGACUAAGGGUUUCAGGGAGGGACAUGGAGAAUCUGGUGGGUUUUCUUUCUCCUGGAGACAGAAUGGUUCAUGCAUUCAGCUCCUCCCUUGUUUCUUAACUUUAGUGUUGAGAGGAAUGAGGUCAAGUUUCUCCCUGAUGAGCAGUUGCUCAUGCCACUGACAGAUGUUUCUGCCUCACAAAGCCUUAGCAAGGUCCUUCAUCUCUUCUAGCUCCACAUGCACUAGGCCUGUUAGGUAUCAAAGGGUAGGUGCUGGGGUGGUCACACCUGUAUUAAAUACGAAUACCACCAGUGGAUUAGUAGGUUUUGGCCAAGAAGACCCAGGCUUGGCCUGUAGAGCUGUCUGUUUACUAUCAAGGGUCUGUUCCAAUUCUCCUCAGCACCUUGUUUGUUGGGCUUCUGUCCAGGGAGCUGAGUCAUCCCUGUUUCACCUCCAGCUCCCCAAGUCUGAGCUGAGGUAAACAGGCUGGUCUGGAAUCUUCUUGGCACGUUCUGGUGUUGCCUUCUCUUCUUUCCUGGAUUAGCUUUGCUGAUAUUAGAGCUUUGUAGAGGACCCCUGAGUCUUCUCAUGCAGGCCGAGGCUUUGUGGUAAGUAGUUUCUGCUCUCCCAGACUGGCCUAUGACCUGUAGCCCAUGUCCCUUGUAUCUUAACAUAUUCCUAACAUUUUCUGUCUCCUAUUGAUAAUGUAGUCAGAAAGCUGAUAUUUGAAUCUCAGUAGCCCUCACUGUUCCCAGAUACUCUUGUGAGCAUUCUCUGACAUCAUACCAUGAGGUGGAUUUCCCCGUUAGCCUUAGAUAACAGGUAUAAUUCUGGAUUCUAAAAGCUUUUUUGUUAAUUGUUGCUUUCUCUUCUUUCAAAGACCUCUGCCCUGCCUACAUUUUAGUUCCAUAUUUUAAACAUUCCUAAAAAUCCUACUCUUCUUUCCCUGAUACUUGAGAAUCUAUAAGUCUUUCUAGUUUCUAGUAGUAUUUAGCCUAAAUUCUGUUUCUGGGUCUGCCUUCCAUGUCUUUUGAGUUCCUCUGUCUCCUACUCAGUCCUAGACCACAGUGUAAAUCCUGUCUCUUUGCUCAAAGGUUUACCUCUGGAAAACUCUGAAAGAUCAUUUCUCUCUGACUGCCAAAUUUCUCCUCUGGAGUAAUACCUGGGACAAUUUCUGUGAUAAUCAAAAAGGAUAAUACAUGUAAAUUAUUUGGCACAAAUUAGGCACACAAUAGUGCCCAUUCCUCUUCUUAUUAUUUAGACUUGUCCCCUCGUCUGAAUUGGAAGACCUCCAGCUUUGGACCCUGUGAGUGACCAAGUCCAGGAGGCUGAUGUGUGAGGGCUGGUGGAAUGAUGGGUGGACACUCCUUACCUUCUUGCUGCCCCUCAGCCGUCCCAGCAAAUGUGCACCAUUUGAACAUUCACACGGUCAGGAAUAGGUUGACUUUUAAAACUUAAAAAAUCUAAAAAUCACUUUUUUUCUGAACCCAUCUGUUCAAGGACCCACACAAGGCCUAAUACAGAGUACAUGUGAGAGAGAGGCAGGAGAGAGGCAGAGGCGGCGACUGGAAGAAAGGAGGGGAGAGGGAGAGACACAGGAGAAACAUCUCCGCACACCUACCUGCCUUCCAGUAGACACGAUCACACAUACUGUCUGACCUAGAGGCAGGGGAGUAGAUGGAUUCCUCCUUCUAGCUCACUCACUCCCCUUUCUUGGAAAUUUGCAUGUAUCACCUCUCUUCCGCGACUCUGCUGCACAGCUUGCCAAGCGCACAGGAAGUGAGGCCGUGAGGGGCCUUCAGGUGCUCUCCUCCAGUGGUGGACCUCUCCUCUCCACACCUUCUCCAGGUCGCUGGUCUGAACUUGACCUUCACCUCCCAUCACCAUGGCCUCAGCCCUGGCCCGCAACCCUCGGGAGGCAUUGCUUUGGGCCUUGAGUGACCUUGAGGAGGACAAUUUCAAGAUAUUAAAGUUCCACUUGCGGGAUGUGACCCUGGCUGAGGGCCAGCCCCUCUUGGCCCGAGGGGAAUUGGAGGGCCUGAGUCGGGUAGACCUGGCAUCGCGACUGAUUUUAAAGUGUGGAGAACAGGAGGCUGUGAGAGUGGUGCUCAAGGGCUUGAAGGCCAUGAACUUGUUGGAACUCGUAGACCAGCUCAGCCACAUUUGUCUGAAUGAUUACAGAGAAAUAUACCGAGAGCACGUGCGUGGCCUAGAGGAGAGCCAAGAGUGGGGAGUCAACUGUAGCUACAACCAACUGCUCCUGGUGGCCACACCCAGCUCAGGGGACCCAGGAUCACCUCCCGGCCCAGACCUGGAGCAAGAGCUGGAUUCUGUUACAGUGGAGGCUUUAUUUGAUGGGGGGGGGGGGAAGCCCUCCCCUGCCCCAUCCUUAGUGGUGCUACAAGGCUCUGCUGGUACUGGAAAGACAACCCUGGUGAGAAAAAUGGUGCUGGACUGGGCCACUGGUACCCUGUACCCAGGCCGGUUUGAUUAUGUUUUUUAUGUGAGCUGCAGAGAAGUGGUCCUGCUGAAGGGGUGCAAACUGGAGCAGCUCCUCUCCUGGUGUUGUGGGGAUAACCAAGCCCCUGUCACAGAGAUUUUGAAACAGCCAGAGCGGCUCCUGUUCAUCCUGGAUGGCUUUGAUGAGCUACAGAGGCCCUCUGGACAGCUGGGGAAGAGGGUGGGGAGUCCCAUGGAGAAUGUGCUGCGCCUUUUGAUUAGGAGACGGUUGUUGCCCACAUGCUCCCUUCUCGUUACCACUCGGCCCCCUGCUUUGGGGAGUCUGGAGCCCAUGCUGGGUCAACGGCGCCAUGUUCAUGUUUUAGGUUUCUCUGAGGAGGAGAGGAGGCAGUAUUUCAGCUUCUAUUUUAAGGAUGAAGAGCAAGCCAGACAUGCCUUUGAAUUUGUACAAGGAAAUGAUGACACAGCGUGUCAGGUUCCAGGCAUCUGCUGGGUGGUCUGCUCCUGGCUGAAGGAGCAGAUGGAAAGAGGCCAGGCAAUCUCAGAGACACCCAGGAACAGCACUGACAUCUUCACUGCCUACGUAUCCACCUUCUUGCCCGCUGAUGACAGUGGGGGCUGCUCUGAGCUUACCAGGCACAGGGUCCUGAGGGGUCUGUGCUCCUUGGCCACUGAGGGGAUCGAGCAUCAGAGGUUCCUAUUUAAAGAGGAUGAGCUCAGGAAGCACAAUUUAGCCGGCUCCAGACUUGUUGCUUUCCUGAGCAGCAGCAAUUACCAAGAGGAACUUGACAUCAAGAAGUACUACAGCUUCCGCCACAUUAGUUUCCAGGAAUUUUUUCAUGCAAUGUCCUAUCUGGUAAAGGAAGGCCAGAGUCAACUGGGGGAAGCAUCCUCCAGAGAAGUGAAAAGACUGGUGGAAGCAAAGGAGCAGAAAAAGAAUGAAGAGAUGACCCUCAGUACGCAGUUUUUAUUGGACACAUUGAAAAAAGAGAGCUUCUUGACCUUGGAGCUUAAGUUCUGCUUUGAAGUUUCUCCCUCGAUUUUGCAGGAUCUUAUGCAUUUUAAAGAACAAAUGGAAUCUAUAAAGCACAAGAGGAGUUGGGAAUUUGAAUUCUCCCUGUAUAAUACGAAAAUAAAGAAUCUUAAAAAAGUUGUUCAGUUGAAUGACAUCCAAGUCAAGUUGUCACAUUCUAAUGAAAGGAAAUUACCUACCGGGAAGCUGUUUUCUGUCAAAACCAGAUUGGAUAAAGGACAGAAAGUGGAACAAAAAUGCAAUCCUGAGGGUGAAUGCAGAGGGACAGAGGAAAUAGACUCAGAAGUUAGGAGCAGCAGGAUAGAAAGCAGGAAAAAGGGGGCAGUGGAGAUGAAGGGUCAGAAGGAUCAUGGGAUGGAGAAAUAGGAGGAUGGGGAAGGGCAGAGUGAAAAGAUGGAGAAAUGAGAGAUGAGACUAAGGGGUAGCAGAAAGAGUGAAGGACAGAGAAACAAAUAGAGAAUUAGAUUGCUGAGGGUCUGAAGGCUUGGCAUAGCAUCUGGGAAGAGGCCAUGUGGACUGAGUCCUUAGGAACAAUUGAGUCCUUAGGAACAAUCACCUUUUACCAUGGAUAGCUGAUUAGCACCCCUCCCUCAAGGGGCUGUUUAUGACCUUCUAUAGUGUGGAGUUCUCCUUCAGUAGCUCUCUUAUAUGUUAAUGCCAGUGACCAAGGCUUUGAUUCUGCAUCUGAUUCUUUUUAAAAAUAAAAUA